GCAGGGCGGGCGGGAGGCGGCCGCUCCCGCUCCAAGAUGGCGGCGCAGAGGAGGAGUCUGCUGCAGAGUGAACAGCAGCCCAGUUGGACAGAUGACUUACCAUCCUGCCAUCUCUCUGGGGUGGGCUCAGCUCCAAACCGUUCCUACAGUGCAGAUGGCAAGGGGACAGAGGGUCACCCCUUGGAGGAUAACUGGUUAAAAUUCAGGAGUGAGAACAACUGCUACCUCUAUGGUGUUUUCAAUGGUUAUGAUGGCAACCGAGUCACCAACUUCGUGGGUCAGAGGCUCUCAGCAGAACUGCUGCUGGGCCAGCUCCAUGCAGAUCACAGCGACGCUGACGUGCGUCGAGUUCUGCUGCAGGCUUUUGAUGUGGUGGAAAGGAGCUUCCUGGAGUCCAUUGAUGAUGCCUUGGCAGAGAAGGCCAGCCUGCAAUCUCAGCUACCAGAGGGUGUCCCUCACCACCAACUCCCUCCUCAGUACCAGAAGAUUGUGGAGAGAUUGAAGGUUGUAGAGCAGGAGAUAUCUGGAGGAGCCAUGGCUAUUGUGGCUGUCGUUCUCAACAACAAGCUCUACAUCGCCAAUGUGGGUACCAAUCGGGCACUGCUAUGCAAGUCCACGGUGGAUGGGCUGCAGGUGACUCAGCUCAACGUGGACCAUACAACAGAGAAUGAAGAUGAACUUUUUCGCUUCUCUCAGCUGGGCUUGGAUGCAGGGAAAAUAAAACAAGUGGGAACUAUUCGUGGGCAGGAAAGCACUCGGCGCAUUGGAGAUUACAAAGUCAAAUAUGGCUACACUGAUAUUGAACUGCUCAGUGCUGCUAAAUCUAAGCCCAUCAUAGCAGAGCCUGAAAUCCACGGCGGGCACUCGCUGGAUGGGGUGACGGGCUUCUUGGUGCUCAUGUCGGAAGGGCUCUACAAAGCACUGGAGGCAGCUCACGGGCCAGGGCAGGCCAACCAGGAAAUUGCAGCCAUGAUAGCCACAGAGUUUGCCAAGCAGACGUCACUGGAUGCUGUGGCACAAGCAGUGGUGGACCGGGUUAAGCGCAUUCACUGUGACACUUUUGCCAGUGGUGGGGAGCGGUCCAAAUUCUGUCCCCGUCAUGAAGACAUGACACUGCUUGUGAGGAAUUUUGGAUACCCUCUGGGUGAGAUGAGCCAGCCCACGCUGACACCUUCUCCUUUCUCAGGAGGCCGUGUUUACCCAGUCUCUGUGCCAUAUUCCAGCUCCCAAAGCACAAGCAAGACAAGUGUCACGCUGUCUCUUGUCAUGCCUUCUCAAGGCCAGAUGGUCAAUGGUGCCCACAGCAGCUCAACUCUGGAUGAAGCCACCCCCACCCUCACUAACCAAAGCCCAACUGUGACUCUGCAGUCGACCAAUACUCACACGCAGAGCAGCAGCUCGAGUUCAGAUGGAGGUCUCUUCCGCUCCCGACCCACCCACUCGCUCCAGCCGGAUGAGGAUGGGCGUGUGGAGCCCUACGUGGAUUUUGCGGAGUUUUACCGGCUUUGGAACAUGGACCAUGGCGAGCAGGGAGCACUGACUGUGUCUUAACUUUUAUCUGCUGCCUGCAGACACCUUGUGCUCGUCUGUGUGAGCAAAGACUGAGGCAAGAGUAGAGAGUGUUCCACUGAGGGCUGCGUUCUUCCCAGAGCUAACUACUAUCCAGGAUGUGCUGCACACUGAGCAGGGGAUCUUGUGCACUACACACGUGUUGCCUGUGCCAUGCUCCCGAUCCUGCCCAGCCCUGGGAAGCUCUGGGAAUAGGGGAGGGGGUCUUGAAUGCAGCCCUCACCGCAGGUUUUUGCAAAUAAUGGUGUGGAGAGGGCUCCUUGUGGAUGGUGCAGGAGCUGGGCCCGUACGAAGGCUGCGUGUGUGUGUAGGUGUACACGUGUGUGCCUGCGUGUGUGUGUGUGUGUGUGUGCUGUCAUAAUGUUUCCACAACUCAAUUCAAAAUGCUGUGAUUCCAGUGUUCAACUCCAUAGAAGAUACCUCUAUUUUGCAGAAUAAAUAACUUAU